AGGCCGGGUGGUCCGCACCGCCAGCGGCGAGGCGGGGGCCGAGGAGCGGGCCGAGCGCGUGUGGUUCCCGCCGUGGCCCCACAUGGGCCUCGGCCUGUUCGCCAUCCGGGCGGUGCGGCCGGGGGACGAGCUGGUCUGGAACUAUCCAAACUGCACAGGCGCGCGGACGCGGAGCCAGGGGCGGACGAGCACCCCCGCUGGUACGUGCCGGUCGACGACGACGGAGUGGAGAAGGCGGUGGCGCGAGAGGUGGCGGAAGAGCUCGCUGGCGAAAACGGCGCCCUCUCGUCCCGCGUCCGGCCCCAGGGCCGCCGAACGCCCCGCCACGCCUGCCAGAGCCCAGUGCACCACCGCCUGCCGACACGCGCCUGGCGGCGCUGUUGCUGCGGCGGCGAGAGGGCGCGUCGGGACCUGCGCUGCGGCAGCUCGGCGGAUCGCGCGCGGCUCGCGCGCAGGCGCCGCGCAGGUUGUCAUUCGUCUGCUGCCAGUCAUCGGCAGUGGCAGCCCUCGUCCUCCUCGUCCUCCUCCUCCUCCUCCUCCUCCUCCUCCUCCUCCUCCUCCUCCUC